GUCUUUGAUACUGCGCGUCGUACUGUAAAACGACGACAUAAACUCAUUCGUUAGAGAAGCCUUGGGUCUGCAAUUUUUAAAUAAUAUUGUAUAUAAAGACGAGUUUUUUCAGCGCGCCCUCCCCGCCGCCGCCGCCGCCGCCGCCGCCGCCAUGUCGCCGCUCGCCCGCUCGCUGCUCGCGCUCGCCGCGCUGCUCGCCGUCGCCGACUCCCAGUACGAUUGUGCCAAUACAACGGGUGGUGUUAUAACCGAAGUUUCAUACAAAUUCAACACCCCAUUUUAUGUACCGUACGGUGUGUAUAGGGAAGUGCAUAUUCCGGAUGUUUGUUUUCAAAUAUUCAAAAGAGCACUGAUGCAUAGUGGGGAGGAGGUGAAAGCGUGCAACAUUGAGCCAGGGCAUCCUCCGCCGAAGAUCGGGUUCAUCAUGUGGCCCUACGGGCCAUUGGAACCUGUGUCUAUCGAUUCGUGUAAAGAUCCUAAUGGCUGUAUGGUUUAUAUCACAGAGUGCUGCACCUUGUAUCAUCCGCCACCGCCUCACCCUGUGAAUAAAGAAUAUCGUGCAUAAUUA